UGUGAUUGGAUCACUAUCUUGGUUUGAAUUUCUCUUUCUUUUCACUUUCCAAGUUCCAAUAAUAGUUAAUAGUUCUAUCCAAAAAGUCCAUUAAUAGUAAAAGAAAGAAAAAUGCCUUUCAUUUACUGGGUCAAUUAAAUUUCUUGGUCUUUUUUUAAAAGUUUGGUUAGUGGGAAACGAAAUUUCAGUGAACUAUCCCAUAUUCCUCUCCGUCUCUUUUACUAUAAAUGCCCACUUUGCUAUAUAAAUGUUUCUCUCGUUCCACAUCUUGUAUUGUGACUCUGAAGUAUAUAUAGAGAUAUAGAUUAUAGAACAGUACUACCGCUGUUCGUUUUUUGGAGGAGAAAGAAAUGGAGAAAGUGAUCAAUAGACAGAAAGUUCUGCUCCAACAUUUACAACCCAUUUCUAAUUCUUCAUCUUCUCCUGAAACAACACAUGAAUCUGCUGAUCUCUCUGCCUCAAUUUGUGCGGCUGGGGACAGUGCUGCAUAUCAGCGAAAAGCUGCUUUUGGAGAUGAUGUUGUGAUUGUGGCGGCAUACCGUACUCCGCUUUGCAAAGCAAAACGUGGAGGUUUCAAGGAUACUCUUCCUGACGAUCUACUUGCCACAGUUUUGAAGGCAGUGAUAGAUAAAACAAACCUGAACCCAAGUGAAGUGGGGGAUAUAGUUGUUGGUACAGUUUUGGCACCUGGCUCAGACAGAGCAAUUGAGUGCAGGAUGGGGGCAUUCUAUGCUGGUUUUCCAGAAACGGUGCCCCUCAGAACUGUUAAUCGGCAAUGCUCAUCUGGCCUCCAGGCAGUCUCUGAUGUAGCUGCUUACAUUAAAGCAGGAUUUUAUGACAUAGGCAUUGGGGCUGGAGUUGAGAGCAUGUCAGUUGAUACGGUUAACAAGCUUCGCCAUAUUAACCCAAAAGUAGAUAUCUUUAAACAAGCCAAAGAUUGUCUUCUUCCUAUGGGUAUUACUUCUGAAAAUGUUGCAGAAAAUUAUGGAGUAACACGGCAAGAGCAAGACCUUGCUGCUGUUGAAUCUCAUAGGCGUGCUGCUGCUGCUUCUGCAUCUGGUAAAUUCAAAGAUGAAAUUAUCCCUGUCUCUACCAAGAUUGUAAAUCCAAAAACAGGAGAGGAGAUGCCUGUUACAAUUUCUGUGGAUGAUGGUAUCCGGCCAAACACAAACAUGGCAGACUUGGCAAAGCUGAAGCCUGCAUUCAAAAAGAAUGGGACCACAACUGCAGGGAAUUCUAGCCAGUUGACUGAUGGUGCUGGAGCUGUCCUUCUUAUGAAGAGAAGUUUGGCAAUGCAGAAGGGACUUCCUAUUCUUGGUGUUUUCAGGAGUUAUGUUGCUGUUGGUGUGGAUCCUGCUGUCAUGGGCAUAGGCCCAGCUGCUGCAAUUCCAGCUGCAGUGAAGUCUGCUGGUCUUGAGCUUGAGGAUAUUGAUUUGUUUGAAAUAAAUGAGGCAUUUGCAUCUCAGUACGUAUAUUGCUAUAAGAAAUUGGGACUUGAUCCUGAGAAAAUCAACGUUAAUGGAGGUGCAAUGGCUCUUGGGCAUCCUUUGGGUGCUACAGGUGCCCGCUGUGUUAGUACUCUAUUGAAUGAGAUGAAGCGUCGUGGCAAGGACUGUCGCUUUGGUGUGAUCUCCAUGUGCAUAGGCUCUGGCAUGGGGGCUGCAGCUGUUUUUGAAAGGGGAGAUUCUGCGGAUGAGCUACGUAAUGCUAGAACAGACUUCAAAAGUGGCAAUCUUCUAUCAAGGGAUGCUCAAUAGAUGCUCUUUUGGCAUCUUUCUAUUGUUUCAGGCAUGCCUUGUUAGAGGUCAAAAAGCACAACCACCUCACUGGACUGCUGCAGAUCCGGAAGUAAUAAAUUUGUCCCACAUUGUUAAAAUGAGUUUACCAAAAAUAAAGUUUCACUUUAAUAAUUUGUAGGAAGUUUGAUUAUUUAGACCGGAUGGAAUCAUGGAUGCUUUUUAUGGGAAUAAGGGAUUUAAGAGAGAACAUAAAAUAAAUAGUAAAUAAAUUUGUUCAUCAAGUUUUGCAGCAGCAAAUGACAAUGUUAUCUAACCAUGGAUACAGGCUUCUAUUGAAUGAAUCACUAUUGUAUGCUUA